AUGUUUUUGUCUGACUAUGAAAAAAUGCAACAGAAGGAUCGCAUGAGGACUCUUGAAUUCAUUCAAAAAUCGUUGUUGGAUGAUGCUCAGAAGAACAAUACAAGAGCAUGUCCGUUUUGUUUGCAAAAUAUUGAUGUGGUUCAAUUAUCGGAACAUGUUUCUCAUUGUUUGGAAUUGUGGAAUGAUUUGCGAACGAAAAGAAGUGCAGAAGAAAAUUCAGAUCAAAAGAGAAAAUUAUUUUCUCGUGAUGAGAGUGAUUAUGACAAUGACGAGAUGAACUUGAAUUCAAUGAAAAAGAAAAAGAUUUUUCAAUACCAAUAUCAAAUACUUCCCAAUGACAUGAUUCGCCAAAUAUUAUCAUUUCAAGAAAACAAAUUUUUGAUUGGAGUUUGCAUGAGAGUGUGCAAACAGUGGUUGGAAAUUGUUCGAGCCGUUCCCCUGGAGCUUGAAUUUUGCUAUGAAACUCUUUCAACUGUUCAACAUAUUCUUGAAAAUCAAAGCGGUCUAUGUAUAACCAAACUCGAUUUGAAAGACAUGAAAUACAACGAUAUUAGGAUAAAUACAUUAUUACAGAACAAGAAUUUGGAUAAACUCCAAACAUUGGAAUUACCUCGUGUUUCGAAAGAGGAUAUCACAGCCAUAUUGGAAUGUCCUUACAUGAGCAAUUUGAAAGAAUUAAGUUUAAAUUGCUGUCACAACUUGGGAAAUUAUAUUUUAGAAUCUGUUUGCAACAGUAUUCAUUUACAGAGACUUAACUCUCUAAUAUUGGCAGCAUGCAAUAUUACUCCUGAAGGAUUGGCAGCUCUCACCACCUCCUCUGUCACAAGAAACUUAACAAAGUUAGCUUUGGAUGGUGAUGAAUUUGGUGAUGAAGGAGCCAAGGUUCUUGCAGAGUGUUCGUCAUUAAGUAAUCUUCGAUGUUUAAAAUUGACGUUUGAAAAAAUUUAUGAUGAAGGCAUACGUAGUGUAUGUGAAAAUUCAACUUUUGAAAAUCUUACUGAAUUGGACCUGUCCUCGAAUAGAACAACAGAUUCAACAAUAACAUGCAUCAGCGAAAGCAAAUAUUUGACAAAUAUUCAAUAUUUGUCGCUGUCUGGCACCUGGUUAAUGGAUCCACAGAAAUCACUUUCCUGCUUUACAAAUUGUCAAAACAUGAAAAAUCUGAAAAGCCUUGAUCUUUCAUUGGUUGAUAUAUUCUCUGAGGGAGCUCAAAGUAUUGCGAAAAACUCUAUAAUGAGUAAUUUGAUAGAAUUGAAUCUGUCCGGAUGCCAAAUAGAAGAUGAGGGAGUCAUUGGAAUUGCCACGAGUGAAUUUAUGAAAAAUUUGAGAACAUUGAUCUUGGCUAACAAUGAAAUACAAGCAAAUGGUGUGACUUCUCUCUCCAAAAGCCCAUAUUUAUCCAGAUUAACAUCGUUGAAUUUGGACGACAAUCCAAUUGGGAAUGCUGGGGCCACAGCUAUUGCAUCCAGUUUUGCAAAAUUAACAAAUUUAAACAUUUCAGAAUGUGGAAUUGGCAAUGACGGACUGAAGGCAAUUUGCAACAGCACAACUCUCACAAAUCUUGUAAAACUUGUGCUGUGCCAAUCACCAGCAAUUACGAACUGGGAAAUUUUAGCUUGUUCAUCAAAUUUGUCAAAUCUUUCAGCACUAGAAUUGGACGGUAAUGAUAUUGGGAUCGCUGAUGUUUUAUUGAUUUUAAAACAUUUGAGAAAUUUAACGUCUCUGCAUGUGCAACAAAGCACCAUACCGCUUCAUGAAACUGUCAUUGAAAUGAUCCAAGAGUGGUAUCCAAAUUGUGAAAUUUUCGCAUUUUGUUCCAAGAUGUUCAAGCCAUUCUGUUUAUAA